AUAUAAUAGUUUUAGGUUUUCGAGUGUGAGAGCAACUACGGGAGUGCGGGGUAGCGUAUCUGCCAGACUGACGACGACAUAGAAAAAAAAAAUAAGACAAAACAAAUUCUACUCGGCACUCGGCAUUCUCUUCUUUUUUAUUUACCGCUACAUUCGUUAACGGUUCUGACUGUUCCAUUAUACUCUUGUUGUCAAGACGUUAAUUAGGUAAUCUGCAACUUUCUAAUACGUUAUUGUGCUGCAUUUGUAAAAAGUUAUUGAAGGACCAUGUCGGGAUUUAAUCCAUAUGGGAACCCACCCCAGUACCCUCCACCCCAGAGCCAGAUAUACCCCCAGCUUUACAACCCUACAAAUGCUCCAGUGCCCGGGCAACAAGCCCCACAACCAGCUCAACCAUACCCAUAUCAGCCAGGCUUUGCAUAUGCAUACCCUGGACAAGCGGGAAUGGUGCCGUCUGGCCCUGGCAUAGCCCCAACUCCUUCAUACACUGGACAGAUGGCAGCUGCACCUUCAGCACCUGCAGCUUUCUCGUAUGCCGGCUAUCCUAAUGCUACUCCACAACAAGGAUAUGGGCCGGCCGUUGAAUGGAUUCCAUCUUCCACUGGAGACGCAGCCUCCCUUAGCGACAGAGCUGUGGUGGCGGGGUACGAGGGCUUCGACGGCAGUCCUCUGUGGGUGAUCAGGGCGCGGUUCGAAGGAGACCUGAUCCCGGGCAAGUUCGCUGCUAAGCACCGUGCGGCGUAUGUGCCUUGGGGGAGCAAUGAAAACUCUGUUGCUAAUUUUGAGGUGUGCUGCGCGCGUCCGGAGAGGAUCCGCUGGGUCCCGAGCCGCGACGGCGCCGUGCCGCCCAACGCCGCGGUGGCCGGCAACACGGCGGCCGGCGAGCCGCUCUACGUGGGCCGCGCCAAGCACGAGGGCUCGCUCACGCCGGGCAAGGUUCAUCCUUCGCACAAAAAUAUGUACAUUUCCUAUGGCGGUAAAGAAAUACCCCAUAACACCUACGAGGUAUUGUGUACUAUUUGAAUAUGCUUCGAAUAUAUCGUCAAACUCUUCAUCUUUGCCCAAUAUUAUUCAAUAUUCAAUUUAAAUUAAUACUACUUAAUUAAAUUCAUAUUUUAGAUCUGUACUUUUUCCGUUACGCUACGUUUAUUUGUCUUUGAUUUAUAGACAAAACAUUAAAGGGCAAAAAUGAACUGUUUCACGGUACAUCGUAUUUAAUCAACCAGACUGUCUUUAUAGAAAAGCAUUUUUAUUGUUCUAUUCCAUAAGAUUUCAUAUUUUGAAAUACUAUUAUUAUUGCCAACAAUUACUUAAGGAUACAGGGUAGUUAUAAACUUUUCGGUCUCCUCCAUGAAACUAUUUUAAGGUAUAUUUAAUUUUAAGGUAUUUUUUUUAUUCAAUAGAAUCUAAGGGAUUCUGUAUUUUUGAUAUUAAAAUAUUUGUUAUUUAAAUACAUGUUGGCUUAUUGAAAUAAACAUUUAAAGUAUA